GAUUAUGACGAUGAUGCUAACGAUGAUGAUUAUGAUGAUGAUGAUGAUGAUGAUGAUGAUGAUGAUGAUGAUGAUGAUGACUGUGAUGCGGGGGCAGAUGAUCCUGAUUUUGAAAUGUUUUUUGAUGUGUCACGAUGAGAAAUAUGUUUUACGGAAGCUUACAUUAUACGGUUCCCACUGUUGUCUAUUAGCAAUCAAUAUUAACAGUUGCACUGCAUGA